AUGAAGGCGCCUGGGCCCCUGCCCGUGUGUCUUCAUGCUUGCAUCCUAUUCAUUUCCUUCAUUCCUUAUUUGAUUGCAUACAAUGAGGUUUUGACUAUUGCUUCUAUGCUUUCUGGCCGGUGGGCGCAUGGAGCGACUAUGAGUUUUUGCGCCCUUGUUUUCACCCGUUCCCCUGGCUGGCAUGCCGAAGCCGAAGCUGAAGCUGGCAAAGCUCGAUUUGCUGUUUCAGAGAGUGACCAUCUUACACUCUUGAACAACAAUUACAUGCAUAGCAAGCCAAUGCCCAGAGCAUACGAACAUGGAUUAAAAAUUCAUAAAAUGGAGAAGCACGAUAUUGAUCUUGUAACCACUAUAGCCAAAGCUUUACAACAAUAUUCGGAAAUCCUUGGUUCCACUAAAUAUUGA